AUGGCUUACAUCUUGCUUUAUGUUGAUGACAUCAUCCUCAUCACAUCCUCCCAUGAUCUUCGGAAAUCCAUCAUGACACUCCUUGCAUCUGAGUUUGCCAUUAAGGAUUUGGGUCCACUGAGUUAUUUUUUGGGCAUUUCCGUGACUAAACAUGAUGGUGGACUCUUCCUCAGCCAGAGUACCUAUGCUAGUGAUAUUAUUGCUCGAGCAGGCAUGGCCUCGUGCAAACCUUCUGCUACUCCAGUUGACACCAAACAAAAGCUCAGUACCACCGCCGGCACUUCAUAUGACGAUCCCACUUUAUAUCGAAGUCUUGCAGGAGCCUUGCAGUAUCUUACUUUCACCCGACCUGACAUAUCUUAUGUUGUCCAACAGGUGUGUCUUCACAUGCACGCCCUUUGCACCGACCACAUGCUUGCCCUCAAACGCAUCCUGCGUUAUGUUCAAGGCACCCUACACUAUGGUUUGCAUCUCUAUCUAUCUCCUAUUGAGAAACUUAUCUCCUACACUGAUGCUGAUUGGGGUGGAUGUCCUGACACCCGUCGUUCGACCGCUGGCUAUUGUGUGUUUCUUGGUGACAACCUCAUUUCUUGGUCUUCCAAACGACAACCCACACUUUCUUGCUCAAGUGCAGAAGCUAAGUAUAUGGGUGUUGCUAAUGUGGUUUCUGAAUCAUGUUGGCUUCGCAAUCUUCUCUUAGAGCUUCACUACCCACUUUCCCAGACUAGUUUGGUGUAUUGUGAUAAUGUUAGUGCCAUCUACCUUUCUGGUAAUCCAGUGCAGCAUCAACGUACUAAACAUAUUGAGAUGGACAUUCACUUUGUUCGGAAAAGGUCGUGCGUGGCCAGGCACGUGUCCUUCAUGUUCCUUCUCGUCAUCAGAUUGCUCACAUCUUCACCAAAGUCCUACCUCGAGUUCUUUUUGAUGAUUUCCGAACCAGUCUAA